AUGGUUCCCGAGACACAGUUCAACGAAUGCACGCGCGAGCUCGCGCGCGUCGAGGCGCAACUGCUCACGGACCCGACGGCCGCGUCCGUCGCCGAGACUAUCGCGCGCUACGCGCAGCUGGUACGACAGCUGUGCGUGUGCGUUGCGCAAUUGCACCGAGGGGUCCGCGUCACGUGGGGCUCGACCCGCGACUUCCACGUGAAUGUCACGUGCGCGCGCCAGCAGAUCGCGAAGGACGGCGAUCACGUGCUCGCGCGUCACGUGGCCGCGCUCGCGCGCCACGCGGACUUUAUCCGUGUGUACGAAGGCCGCUACAAGCAGGCGCAACUGGAAGCGCAUCGCGCGUUCCGCGCGGGGCUCAAGGAGCUGCAACGCGAGCGGUUCGAGGCGUAUGUGGCGGCUGCGCCGGCUGCAGCGGCCGCAGCGGCCGCAAACGGCUCUACGGGGCGCGCGCCCGCGCCGCAGCCCGCGUCCACGCGCGACAAGCUGCUGGCCACCAACCGCAAGAUCACGUCGAACCUCGUGCGCUCCAACCACGUUCUGCAGAGCUCUGUCCUGCAAAGCGAGCUGAACCUGUCCGAGCUUCAGGUGCAGACAGACUCGCUGCACCGGCUGAACGAGCGGUUCGACGCGCUGUCCGGGGUGCUGGACACGUCGUCCAAGAUGAUCCGCGUCAUCCAGCACGCCAGUUCGCGCGAGAAGCGCAACAUCUACGUGAGCCUGGGGUUUCUGGCCGCGUGCGUCGCGUGGGUGCUGUGGCGGCGGGUGUUCAAGGCGCCCGUCAAGUUGGCAUUGUGGCUGUGGUUCCGCUUCUUUCGCGCGGUGCUGGUCGCGCUGGGCGCGGUGCCGGGCGUGACCACCGCCGCAGUGGACACGGUGGGCACCACGCUGGCCCGUGUGGUGGCCCCCACCGUGAGCACCCCGACGGUGUCGCUCGCGUCCGCGGCCUCGCUUGCCCCCGCGGAUCGCGCAGUGGAGAACGCCGUCGACGGCGUGUUCUCGCGCCUGCUCGACGAGCUCUAG